AUGCACGUGCAGCAGGCCAGCCAGCUAGGCCAGCGGCCGCUGCCACAUCGGCGCAGGCGCUUGGGCGCCGCUGUUUUGGGCCUUGCCGUGGUUGGGGCGUCUGCCCAGGUCUUCGUUGCCCCCGUGGAGGCAUCCAGGCGACAGAGACAGCCAUCGGAUCUGACGACUUUGGGGACCUUGGGGCUGAGUCCGUUGCUGCUGGCAGCUCCUGCAGAGGUCCUGGGCCCUCCCUGGCAGCUCUGUGUUUGCAUCUGCAGCGCAUGGCGGAACUGCUUCUCAGUCUCAUGCUUCCGCUCCAGCAGCACAUGCUGCUGA